AGAUGCCUGUCUGGGAGCAGUGGGUGGGGGCCCAGAGAAUAAGGAACCCAAGUGCUUAGGCCCUCCCUCCGGCUGCAGACCUCAGCUGGGCUGGGCGCGGCGCGGGUGGGUAUAAAAGGGUCAGUAUAUAUUGAGAGGAGCGGAGAGAGAAACCAGGAGGGUGAGAAGAGAGCGAAAGAAGGAGGUGUAGGCAGUGAGGACUGGAGAGGAGAGAGCAAAAGGGAGGAAAGGAGGGAGAGAGAAAGAGAGAGUUCCGGAUUGAGGGGGAGAAGUGGGGAGAGAGCCAGAGGAGAGAGCGAGGGAGGGAGGAAGGCGGCGGGAGAGGCGAGAGGCGGGGGCCUCGAGAGGGUGGAAGGAGGGAGGAGAAGGGCGGGGCGCGGAGGCCCUAAGCAAAGGACGAGACUCCAACUCUGACUUUUUCUGCCGCUCGCGGAUCCGAGGGGGCUCAGCCGCCCCUGUCCCAACCUCCUGAAACAGCCAUCUCCUGACAACCCCCCAUCGCCGGCUUCCACGUAGCCAUGUCCCUCCUCCUGCUGGUGGUCUCUGCCCUUCACAUCCUCAUUCUCAUCCUGCUUUUCGUGGCCACUUUGGACAAGUCCUGGUGGACCCUCCCGGGGAAGGAGUCCCUGAAUCUCUGGUAUGACUGCACAUGGAACAAUGACAACAAGACGUGGGCCUGCAGUAACGUCAGCGAAAAUGGCUGGCUGAAGGCGGUCCAGGUCCUCAUGGUGCUGUCCCUCAUCCUCUGCUGUCUGUCCUUCAUCCUGUUCAUGUUCCAGCUCUAUACCAUGCGGCGAGGGGGGCUAUUCUAUGCUACCGGCCUCUGCCAGCUUUGCACCAGCGUGGCCGUGUUUACAGGGGCGCUGAUCUACGCCAUUCACGCGGAGGAGAUCCUGGCGGAGCGCCCGGCGGGGGGCAGCUUCGGUUACUGCUUCGCCCUGGCUUGGGUGGCCUUCCCCCUCGCCCUGGCCAGCGGCGUCAUCUACAUCCACCUGCGGAAGCGGGAGUGAGGGCCCCGCGUCGCCCUGCAGCCCCCUGCCCGCUCCCGGACCCUCGGUCUCACCCCGAAGCCCCGGCCCCGCCGCGUCCUCCAGAAAAUAAAACCAAUAAACCCUUUAACCGCC